ACCACGCGGGGGGGAGGCCGAUCCCGGGUAGGGGCAGGCUGCUAGCCCCGGGAGGGCCAUCCAGGGGGCACCGCUCCGGCCCUGGCAGGGGGAUCCCAGAGCUCUGGUCCUAGUCCCGGGAGGCUGAUCUGGGGGGCCCUGGUCCCGGCCCUGGCAGGAGGAGGCAAGCGGGCACCAGCCCCAACUCCAGCACGGGGCUCCCAAGGGGGGCACGUGGCCCAGUGCCGGGAGGGCAAUCCAGAGGGCACCAGUCCCAGCCCUGGCCGGAGAGGUGGAAGGGGGCACCAGUCCCAGCUCCAGGAGUCUGGUCGGUCCCAACCCUGACGGGGGGAUCCGUGGGGGGGAACACUGGUCUUAGUCCCAGGAGGCCAAUCCAGGGGGCACCAGGUUAGUUGGUUGUCAUGUUCCCUGUGGGCUGCCCCGCUGGAGGCGGUGGCUCUCAUUCUCCCAGCAGCCCUUGGCCAUGAGAAUGGGCAGCGCAGGGUCCUCAGGCAAGGAGGAACAGCUGCCAUUGGGUGCGGAGGAGCAGCUGAGUGGUGGGGAUCAGACACUGGAGCUGACCGGGCGGCACCUGAAGCGGCUGCCAGGCCCAGUGUGUGCCCUGGGCAGCCUGCAGAAGCUCUACAUCAGUGGCACGGGGUUGCGGGAGCUGCCUGAGGAGAUCGAGGGAUUGCGGGAGUUGCGCAUCCUGGCACUGGACUUCAACAAGCUAGAGGAGGUGCCUGAGGCACUAUGCCGCCUGCCCCGUCUCACCCGCCUCUACCUGGGUAGCAACCGCCUCUUUGGCCUCCCUGCAGAAUUUGCCCAGCUCCAGACUUUGCGCUGCUUGUGGAUUGAGAACAACUACCUGUACCAUUUCCCUCGGGCCUUGCUCCAGAUGCCUGCACUGCAGUCCUUGCAGAUGGGUGACAAUCGACUCCGAGCGCUGCCGGGCAGCCUGCCACGUAUGACUGGCCUCCGGGGACUCUGGCUGUAUGGGAAUCGCUUUGAGGAGUUCCCACAGCCCCUGCUCCGUAUGUCACAGCUCCAUAUCCUUGACCUGGACUGCAACAAGAUCUUCGACUUCCCAGACCUGGCCCACCUGAAAGGGUUACGGCUCUUUUCCUAUGACCAUAAUCCAGUUAAAGCACCACCCUGUGUGGCUGACACUGUCACCCUUGUGGGUGAUGGGGCCCAGGAGCUGAUGGAGGCCAGGGAGGAACGUCUCCAGGGCCUGCGGGAGCAGGAGGAGCAGGAGGAGAAUGGCUCAGAAGCCAUGCAGGGCACCCUGAGGAAUGACUCCUCUCUGCUAGAGGAUGCUGAAGGCAGUUUCUCUGCCCUGGAAUGCUCCCCAGAAGAAACAUGAGAAUGGGCACCACAACAACAUGGUUGCUGCUCAGAAAAUCUGGUGGACACUGGUGGGCUGGUAGAUCCACUUCUGCGCUGCAAGGAGUGAGAGUUUGCAUGGACCAUCUCUGGCUAUGAGUAGCCACAGUCUCCCAACUAGGGUCAUGGGUAACUACCAGUCCAGGGAGUCAUUAUCUUCUUGCAUGAGACAGGAAAACCAUGAAUCAAAAGGGUCGCUGUUUCCUUGCUGGGACCACAGACAGCAAAGGGGAGCAUCAUCUAUCUGCAGGAGUGCUGGGCAAUCACUGCACCCCUGAGGCAUACUGCAUAGCCACAGGACGUGGGGGUUGGCAGGGUUGAAACCACAAUGCUGUUGUGUUGGAUAAUCCCAUUGGACCAGCUCUGUGGGAGGAUGGUCCCUGUAUGAGAUGGGCAUUGAUAAGAGCUGGCCUUCUCAGAACAGCCAGCCUGUGGUGGAAGCCUGGUAUUGAAAAGACUUUAAUGUGACAAUCUGUGGCUGUUUGGUUAGGUAUCUGUGAGUGAUCUCUGCUCCUAGCCAUCUGGCCCAUUGCCACGGGACUCAGAUGCAAGACAGGAAAAAGCCAUGCUGUUUGGUUUGGUGGGUUUUUUUAAUUCCCUUGGACUCCAUACCCUGGAGUGCUACAGGGUUCGAGUAUGAACAGAAAAACUUCUCACAUCCUAGAGAUUCCUAUUCUGCUACUGGAAUUAGACUCAGAGAGAAACGUCUCCCAAGCUGCUCCUUCCAGCUGUCAGCUUUGAAAAGAAACUGACAGGAAAGCCUUGUUUGUGCUCAGCACUCCCUCUCUGGCCUGGAAAGGGUUUUUGCCUCCGCUCUUUGUAUGGUGGGAAAAGGAGCCCCGUGCGCGGCUUUGCAGGCUGCCUGGACUUUCCAUUCCCUUAAAUGGGCACAGAAGCAAAAGCUGGUAUGAACUGGGCCACCAGGACUGUGUGCGUCUGGGGCAUUGGGGUGGCAGCAGCAGGACUCUCUCUGCUUUCCUCCUGGGGGUGGCAGGCUCAUUCUCCCAAUCCCCCGCGGGCUAGAUUUGUACCAAAUCUAAGCAAUAAAAAGUAGAAAACAGAAAAUCUGGUAGUGAGAGAAAGAGGCUCCCAGGCUGAUUCUCAGGGAGGCUGCUUCAGGAGGCUGCUGCCAGGAUGGUUUAUUUGGAAAGAGUAUGUAAACAGAAUCAUAUGGCCUGGGGAAAGGGAACUGGGUUCUCAAGCAUCUGUGUUAUUUUUAACAUUUUGGGGAAUCCUGUUUCCUCUCUCUGUCCGUCUCUGAACUGUACUGUCUUCUCUGCACUCUUUCUCGCUCUACUCCAUCCCUCCCCCUGCCGCUAUCAUCUGUGACUCCCUCUGCAGUGCUGCUCCUCCCUCACUUGGAGCUAGGUCCAUUCUCCUUCCCUCCUUUCCAUAUCUCUCUUUGAGCUCCCCUCCACAGCUUUCUCUCCAUCUCUUCCCCUCCACACUUCCCUGGGCUGUGUUCACUCUCAGCCCAGCUUCAAUCUCAGUAACAUUAUUGGCAUGGCAAAGUAUACCAGUGUUGCCAAAGUUAAUACACUUUGUCAAAUCUCUGUGCCUUGGUCAGGGUUUUAGAGGAGUAACUGGGUUUUAUACCAUGUGGCCACUAUGAUCUAUUGUGAAAUUGCUGGCUGGGGGCCAGGUAGCAUUAAGACAUUUCCACUGUCUUUUUCCUUUCUCUCAGUUAUGUCAUUUUUCUUCUUUGCUUUGCCGCAAAGAGUCUUGCUAUUUCUGAUCACUUGGAAAAGUCUCCUCCUCUUCUUUUGGAUCUCAUGCAGCAGAAUAAAAAGUGCCUGACAGUUUCAGUCUCUCCUGUCACUGUGGGGUACAAAAUUGCCCAUCCCUGGGUUUCUAGUGGAAAGUGUCCUGGCUUCAGUUUUUGCUUUGGGAUCACUGCUUCAAUACUUGGUGAAAGCACAGUUCUGUUUUACACAUUGUCCUGUAGACGGGGAGUCUGCUAGUGUUAAAGGAGCUAGAGCAAUCUAGCUGCUGGUGUUGAUGAUGUUCUCUAAUCCCAGUAGCCAACAUACUUUUCUUUUUUGGGGGCUUCAUGCAGUGUCUGGAAGAAGGUGGGAAGAUGCUGCCUGUGUAAAAGUGGAGGGUGAUUUUAGCAGUGGUUAUAAUGUCCCUUCCAGUGCAACCUGUGUGCCAAUUGCUGUACUCCACACUCCCCCCCCAUAAAGGUCUAGCAGUAGCUUUAUCUGUGGGUUGAAGGUAGCCAGAGGAUUUUAAAGGUCUGUAGCACAUCCUGUAGCCAAUUGGGCCCUUCCUGCUGCAUGACUGUGAGGCCAAGGUGUGGCUUGUUCAGGUGGGUUCUGCAGGUGUCUGCAGAGUAACAUUUUAAUUUGCUUUGGGGCUUUAAGCCUGUGAUUUUUUUUUGCCUUUUCUAGGCUGAACUGACAGGGCCUGUGUGCUGCUGUAGCAGGUGUCUCUGUAGCAGGUUCAGGUGCCUUGGGUGGGGAUUAAUCUGCCCAGUAUUGAUAACAGGAACAGUAUGACUCGUGUCUCUCAGAACUGCUCUGUCCCUCUCUGCGUCAUUUUUGCUCUGGGGGCUGAAUUGCUCUGUGUGACUAGGGGAGGCCCAAACUGCAUGGUCUCGGUCCCGGAGCUGGCCCACCUGCACCUGAAAACUACGUCCUCCCUCUCUGUUGUUCUGUCUGAGCCAUGGGGUCUCUCUUUCUGAGCCGUGCUCCCUCUGUCUCUCUUUCAGUGGUGUCCUCACUCGCUCGCUCCCACUUCAUUUGAAAAGCCCUUGUGGCACCUGAGGAUGUGCCAUCUCGGCUGCGUACCCGUGGUCAUGAGUAGAGAGGCUGGAAGGACAGGCCAGGCUCGGGCAGACACGGGCGGUGAGAGAGGCUGACUCAAGCUGCUGUUGGAAAAAUGGAUUCUAAUUGUGCUAUCGAAAUGAUGGCGGGUGGAGGGGAAGACAAUGACUCCUGACAGUUACAGCCCUUAGUGCUUCCCUGGCCCUUGUAUUUCAAAGGACUGUACUGAUC